UAUUUUAUUUUCUUUUGGUCAACUCUAAUUUUUCCUUGCUUUCAUUGUCACCCUGGAAAUUUUUCUUGAGGACCAGCAAAAGAAAUAGGACCAGCUACUUCUGAGUCAGUGUUUAAGAAGAGCUGAAAUGGAAUAUUUUGCUUUCAUUAUAUAAGAAAAGAGGCCAAGGAAAACAGCCUGCAGCAUGGAAAGCAAGUAAAUUACAGAAAUGUGAAAAAAACUGAAAAUAUGUAUGUUUUUGAAGAGGACAGGUUUUAGUAGGACUGUCUUGAAAAGUACUGUCUACAGGGUUAGUUUUAUGUCCCUUGAGAACAGUUUGAUGAGCUUUACCACAACAAUUUAAAAAAAUUAAUGAAAUCCUACUUGCUGACAUCAGAGUUGUGGCAGAACGUUUCAGGUUUUAAAAGUAGAUUUUCAUUACCUCAAUUUUGGUCUCAGUAAUUUAAAACAUUUUCUUUAUAAAUCACUUUAUGAACACACACAAUGGAAAAAUUACUUAUGUCAAUACCCAUGGUACCGUAAAUAUAACAUAGUUAUUAGUAGCAUUAAUGGCACAAGCACUGUAAAGGUGUUUCUAACAUAAAAGUGUGGCCAUAAAAUAAUUCACUUGGUACACCAGUGAGGGCAGACUGAUGAGAAGUCACUGCAUCUUUUCCUAUAUAGCAGCUCUGCUAGCACAGUCAGUUUUUUAAGAUUACAGUUCAGUGUCAAAUUUAGAGUAUAAGCCAGAUUUGACUCUUUAACUGCUCAUACUUUGGAAAGCAGAGCUGUUAGCUAUGCCCAACUAAAUGUACCUUGACCUCUGUUCCCUUCUGAUAUGCUGUUUUUAUUUGAAUUCUUUAUAUUGCUUAGUUGCUGGAAUCAUUAGGCUAGAGAGCUGUGGCUUUGUUAAGUCUUCCUUUCUACCUGGAGACAAAGAAAGCAAAAAAGAAAUAUUUUUCUUUUGAUUUUCUUAUUGAAAUGUUUAAAAUACUAACUUAAAAGUAUUAUAUCUCAUGCUUGUAGCACUUAAGAUUUGUAAUCACAGGCCAGGGUGUCCUUCGACUGCAAAGUAUAAAGACACUGGACACAAAAAUGGAAUCCCCUCCUCCACUCACCCUUAUUCUUUAAUAAUUUAAGAAAUUGCCAGUGUAAUAGAGUAUUAACAAUAGAAGUGAGUUAUGGCCACAUACUAAGGUUUUUUUCUAGGCCUUAUACCAAGCUUUAACUUAGAAUUUUCGUAAGCAGUCUCUAAAUAACAUAUCUUUUUGAAGUGAGAUUUCCAGAAUUUAAUUAUGAAAUACGUGUUUUAGUUCUGAACAACUGGCCUGACUUUUUAAAGCACCUUAAUAAAAAUCACUCUAUCUUUCAUUCAUUUGAUGAUUCAUUAUUGAUUUUGUUGCUGUAAUCCCAAAAAAUCCCAUUCAAAGGUCAAGUUGAAGUUCUGAAUAGGAGAACAGAUGGAUACAGAGUGAGAUGAGCAGAUGAAAGGUCAAGGAAGUAAGAAUGCCAAACUGUAGGUGUAAUAUGUUGGCCAAUUAACUUUGAAAAUAUCUCAAAUCAAAAUGUCUCAUUCAUUGCUGCAAUUAGAAACUCAGGCUAAUCAUGUUGACAGGAUGUGAUUUGGUACUCAUUACUUAUGGUCUGUGACACAUGACCUGAACUGUGUCAGUAAAUCAGCGUAAGUAAAUUCUAUACCUCCAAAAAGAGAAAUUUACUCACUUCUUUCCAAAUGAACCCAUUCAAAUGGUGGUUGGGGGCAGCAAAGCAGAAAGGAGUAAAAGAAGUUCAGCAAGUUAAACUAUCAGGUAUUUUACACUCCCCUUCAAGACAAUCCUGUCACUAAAACUACAGUAACUUAGGAAGGAGGCACACUCCACUUGUCUGUUGACUUGCACAUUUUUAACCUGCAGGCGCUGGAGCAUGUCAAUGCCCGGCUUCUUGAGCUGUACCCUGCUGACGAAGAACGGUUUGAUAUAGUCCUGAUGACUAAUAACCAUGCCCAAGUGGGAGUGAGGCUCAUAAACAGCAUCAAUCACUAUGGCUUAACAAUUGAACGUUUCUGUAUGACGGGAGGAGAGAGCCCCAUUGGUUACCUGACCGCAUACCUCACAAACCUGUACCUCUCAGCGGAUUCUGACAAAGUGCAGGAAGCUAUAGAAGCAGGCAUUGCAUCAGCUACAAUGUUCUCUGCCAACAAAGAUGUUGCUUACUCAGACACACAGCUGAGGGUGGCUUUUGAUGGGGAUUCUGUUAUCUUUUCUGAUGAAUCAGAACAGAUUGUCAAAGAGCAAGGAUUAGAUAGAUUUUUUGAACACGAAAAGCUGAAUGAAAAUAAGCCUCUUGCACAGGGUCCUUUGAAGGGUUUUCUUGAAGACCUGGGAAGACUCCAGAAGAAGUUCUAUGCAAAAAAUGAACGAUUAAAUUGUCCUAUAAGGACCUACUUGGUCACAGCCAGAAGUGCGGCGAGCUCUGGAGCCAGAGUGCUGAAGACUCUCCGUAGCUGGGGUCUGGAGAUUGAUGAGGCACUUUUCCUAGCAGGAGCACCUAAAGGACCAAUCCUGGUGAAAAUUCGCCCUCACAUUUUCUUUGAUGACCAGAUGUUCCAUGUCGAAGGAGCACAGAAAUUAGGCACCAUAGCUGCACAUGUCCCCUAUGGCAUUGCUCAGAAGUACCACAAAGCUACAUGACUGGAGGGUGCCAUUAAGGAUAAGGUUCUUAACUCAGCCAGCCCCUAAUCUACCAAUAGUUUCAUCUGAAAACCUCUACAUUUGUGUAUUGUGAGCACUGUGUUUAAAGAUUUAACUUUUGGCUAGAACAGCCUUUAAAGGAAGUAUUUUUAAUAUUGGUAAGUUUUUAAUAGAGUUAUUUUAAUAUAAUUCUUAAGCAGUUUAGAUAUUUUUACCUGUCUGUAUCUAACACUGGUUUUGAUAUUAGGAGAAGAUUUGUACUGUUUUUAUAGCUUAAGAUGUAUUCUGAGAGACAGGAUGGUUUUAUUUUAUCUAAAAAAAUUGUUGACGGGUUAUUUAUAAGAAAAUUCAUGCUGCAGUGUUGGUUCUUGGCAGUUAUUUCUGAAGUUCCCAAAAGCACAGUUUACAUGUAACUGUUUACCUGUUGCUGGUUUACUGGUUAAAUAUGUGUUCAGUAGGUCUGUCACAACACAGCUUUGGCUUCUAGUAAAAUAUUAUUGCAUUUGGUCAUGUUUACAUGUAUUUUUUCUAUAUUGUUUUCUUAUCUUAAUAAAGCUGGCUUUACAGAA